GAGCUGGAUCUUAAUCUUCCAGGAGAGAGCCACCUUCUCUCAGGAUGGGCUCCGGACCCCCCGGCCUGCUGCUGCUCCUACUUCUCAGCAGUCUCAUCUGUCAACGAGUCAAAGGAGAAUCUUCCUUCAUCAUAGACACCGUGGGCCUCCAGAUCCAGCCGCAGAGCACCGUUCAGAGCGGAACACCAGUGACCCUCCACUGCCAGGUCAGCAUCAGUUUCAUCAACAUCUCCCGUCUCGAGCAUCAUUUCAAGCUCACGCAGGACGAUGUUCCCAUCUACACCUCAACCACCCCUGAAGACACCAUCACGUACGAGCUGAACCCCGCCAGAGCAGCCGACUCUGGAAGUUACAGAUGUCGAGUCUCUGUGGAGGACAAGAGCAAGGCCAGCAUCAGCCAGAAAUUGGAUGUCACAGGCCUGCAGACCCCCACUCUGCAUCUGAAGAAUUCAAGACCCUAUGAGAGCGAGGAGUUCAUAGCCACCUGCAGCGCUCCAGAGGAGAAAGGAUCGCUCAUAUUCCAUUUUUACCAAAGAUUUCGGGGUGGAGACCCUGAGAGGAUAAAGCGGGUACAAAGCACGGGGAACAUUUCAGAGACCACUCUGAGUCUCAGUCACAUUGGAGACUGCUUUUUGUCCUGUGAUUAUGAAAUCAAUUUGGUUUCUGGGACCAGACGCUCCAACAGAAGCGAUGACACUCAUGUGUUAGUGAGAGUGCUCAACAUUACUCCAAUUGUAAAUAUGCUGCCCUCCAACACCGUCUAUGAGGGGGACAUUGUAGAGUUUCACUGUAAAGUGGUGAACAGUCCUUUGAAGAACAUUGAAGUAUUUCUUAUAAAGGACAAAAUGAUCCUCAAAAAAGACAAAACAGCUCUUGCUCAUCGAUUUACAUCUCAAGCUGGUGACUCUGGAGAGCUUGUUUGCAAAGCACAGUGGGAAAAUGUCCAAAAAGAAAGCUAUAUAACAUUCACCGUCAAAGAGGUAUUUUCGAAGCCACAGCUGACUCUGAAGCCUGCAGACCUAUAUGAAGGAGAGCGCUUCGAACUGAGCUGCUCCAUCUCCAUUUAUGUUCCUGAUAGGAUUGAUGUCAACAAGACUAAAUACAUCUACUACAAGGAUAACAAAGAACUGACCACAUCAAGCACUUAUGUUUCUGUGGCACACCCAGAAAGAAAUGGCAACUACACUUGUAGAGUCACCGCUGUUUCUUUUCGUACAACUUUUCAUAAGAAUAGCCAAACACUUCAGGUGCAAGCUAAAGUUCCUGUUUCUAAACCUGUGAUGAGUGUAAUAGGGGGCACACUUUUAUUAGGAAAGAGUUUUCAGCUGCUUUGUCACAGCAAACAUGGCACCCUUCCAAUCACGUAUAUCCUGUUUGGCCCUGACAAUCUACGAGAACCCAGAGUGGUUAGCAAGUCUGAGGAAAAGGCUAUCUUCAACCGGCCUCCCAUCUUCAAGAGCUCAGAUUUAGGCAAAUUUCGUUGCCACGCUCAGAACAAUCAACACAAGAUUCCCAUGAUAGGAUUGGGAGAAGACCUGCAACGCUCAACUAAAAUCAUAGAGUCGUUGUCUAAACCGGUGCUGACCGUUAGUCCUGGCGCUUGGGACAUCGCAGAGGGUCAAAGUGUGAGUUUCGUCUGUUCCGUCCAGAGAGGCAGUCCUCCCAUCACCUUCACAUGGUACAACUCAGAGACAAAAGAUCAGCUUGAUACUCUGACUACUUUUGAAACGGAAGGAUCCUACACCAUACACAACGUCAACAGAAAGCACGGAGGGACAUAUUACUGUGAGAGCACAAACGCCGCCAACGAAGUCAAAAAGAGCAACAUAGUCGCAAUUGGAGUAAACUUGGCUGGGUGGAAGAAAGCUCUUAUCGUCGUCUCCUGUCUUCUACUCAUACUGAUCCUGAUACUUGGGAUUGCCUUCAGAAAACGUCUUCUUAACCAUAAGCAAAGAGCUGUCAGCGUGAGAAGCAAACUAUCAGUGAAGUCAGUCGGCACCAAAGCAGAGCGGCUGAGCCUCACACAGGCAGAAGUCAUGGAGGUUUCCAAUGCCACCCCAAGCAUGAUGGGAAAAAGUGUUUGGAGUGACCACGUUUCAGGCUCUGAGUCAGACGAUCAGAGCUGCACCGUCAACCAAGAAAAGCAGGAACCUCAAAACCCAGAGGUUCAAACCAAAGAUCCAGAUCCAAACAGAGCCUCGAUGCAAGGGGGCACAGACGCUGUGCACAACGAAGUAUGCCUCUCCCAGCAAGGUGUUUCUGAGACGUCUGACGGCGUGUCACUGGAAUAUGCACAGUUGAAUCGAGAUAAUGACCAACACUGUGACAGCGGUAACCAUGGUGACCACAGUGCCAGCGUUGUAACUGAGACUGACAACUGCGUCAGCGUUGACACCAGCACCCAGGAUGAAGGCAACUGUGAUCCAGCACCAGACUGUUAA